AUGGCGACAGCAGUGCAAAAUGGCCAAGCGACCACUGCAGAGAUGGUUACAGCUGAACAUUUAGCAGAAGGAAGGCUUUAUCCUCCCCUGAGUUCCAUCAGAGACGUGUCCUUCAAAUUUGCUGUCAAAAUUAUAGAUUACGCCUACAGAAACAACAUGGCUUCCUGGUACCCCGAGCCAGAGGAUAAGGAGACUCUUGUCCACUCCCUCAUUUACAGCCCUGAUUACGACUCAUUUACCAUGGACGGCUACCACUGGCCCUCUCAGGCUAUGGAGAUCCAAGAUGUAUAACUGUAUGCAAGCCUUCCUUUUGUAUUCUUUCUCUUCAUUGUGAAGGUGCAGUGUAAUAAUGUUGGUGUCUAUCAGUGGUUUCUCCACCGCUAUAUUUCUGCUGCUGGAAAAUGCCCAAAACUCCGAGAGCUUGGCAUGUGUACAACUUAAUGGAGAUCCACAAGCACCAGCUCAGAUUCGGGGAGAUUAGUCGCCCGGUGACAAAUCUCC